UUCCACAACCAGUUAGCUUUGUAGCUAAAGGGUACGGAACCCGAAAACCCACACGAACAACGCAUUUCAUUUAAUUUGUUAGUAUUUAUUGAUACAUCAAACGACAUCAAUAAUCAACGUUUGUUUACGGAUAACACGCGUGGUAACGUACCUCUAUCGAGGACAGCGUAGCUUUAAUUUGUGUUUUUCACUGCACCAGCUUUAUGUGAAGACAAAGGCCUACACACUGCUCGCUGCUUCCAAACAUGUAUCCCUCUUGGGGUAGUAACUAUGGUGGUGGCGGCGGCCAUCAACCACCUUCGCAGCAGAACUUCGGUGCGCCGAGGGGUCAGUCUCCUCAAGGCGAAGGCUUCGGGGGAGGAUUCGGGGGCUAUGGGGCUGCUACAACCGCAGCUGCACCCGGGUCAACUUUCAACAGCCUGCGGGAGCAGCAUCUCCAGCAAAUGCAGCAGCUGCAACAGCUCCACCAAAAACAGCUCCAAUCCGUGCUGCACCACGACAGGGACGUAAAUGCAAACCCCUAUGGCGGCGGUGGUCCUGCGGCCGAGUCGUGGCAAGGCAGCUCGGGAUAUGGGUAUGGUUCAACGGGGCCCGGUACCCCUUCCCCAUAUCAAGAUGAGUAUCAGUCCAUACAAGGGCCUUCCCCUUACCAAGAUGAGUAUCAGUCCAUGCAAGGCCCUUCCCCUUAUCAAGAUGAGUAUCAGUCCAUGGAAGCCGGUGCGCCCAGCCCACAACUUCAGCCGCCGCUGCUGCCACCGCAGCCCAAAGAGGCCCAGCCUCCCCCACCGGAGGCGAACCCACCCCCAUCAGAGGCGAACCCACAGGUACCCACUCAGAACAAUGGUACACCAGCGACUAAAGAGGUAAACAAGAAUCAAUCUUUGGCCCCGAAAGACCAGGCAAAUUCCUCCGUGCCGGAGGAGGAAAAGGCCGAUUUUACGUCAAUUUCGUUGCAGGAACAGCAGCAGUACUGGUACAAGCAGCAUCUCCAGAACCUCCAGAGGCUGAAAGCAGAGAAGGCUAAACAGGGCCAGGGUGAUGGCCCAACACCCCCGCCUCCCAAACCCCAGCCCCUCUCGGCAGCCGCCCCUCCCCCUCCAUCGGAACCCCCCAAGAGCGCCCCUCCACCGCCUCCACCCAAAGAGGAGCCACCACCGCCACCUCCACCUGACGGUGAAACGCCUGCCCCACCGACCCAGGACCCAAUAGAGGCGGCCCGGCUGCAGCAGCUCCAGAGCUCAGCAGCUCAGUGGCAGCAGGCCCAGCAGCAGAGAGCAGGCUACCAGUACCAAGCCCUGAUGCAGCAUCAUGCUCAGCUACAGACCAUCCUCAACCAGUACCAGCAGUGUAUCCAACAACCUGCAGAUCUAGAGACGAUGGCUAUGGCCAUGCAGUUGAGGCACUAUGAGAUGCAGCAGCAGAAGUUCGGCCCGGUGUUUGCCGACUGGGGCCGGACCUUCAGCCUGUGGCAAGAGCAGUUCCAGUCCUAUCCUCAUAAGGACCAGCUGCAGGACUACGAGUUACAGUGGAAACAGUGGCAGGAACAGAUGAACUCCACCUCGGCACACCUACAGGAGAGGGUCACCACCCUGCGAGCCAUGCAGCACCAGUAUGGAGGCAGCAGCAGUGGUCAAUAUGGCAGUACUGGCGCUGACCAGUACAGUAGUAGGGUCCAAUAUGGUAGUGGAGGGUACGGGGACCAGUACAACCAAUAUGGUCAGUACCCCCACUCUGGCCCGGACUCACAGAUUCAACAAGGCCACAUGGUGAGCCCGUCCCAGCCAGGUAGCCAGCCCUCGUCCACCCCUGGACCCAUGUCCCAGGGCCCUCGACCAGGGCAGCACGGCCCCUCUGACGCACAACGCAUGGGAACCCCCACAGGAGAACCACACCAGGGGCCUCGACCAGGGCAGCAUGGCCCCUCCAACGCCCAACGCAUGGGAACCCCCACAGGAGAACCACACCAGGGGCCUCGACCAGGGCAGCACGGCCCCUCCGACGCACAACGCAUGGGAACCCCCACAGGAGAACCACACCAGGGGCCUCGACCAGGGCAGCACGGCCCCUCCGACGCCCAACGCAUGGGAACCCCCACAGGAGAACCACACCAGGGGCCUCGACCAGGGCAGCACGGCCCCUCCAACGCCCAACGCAUGGGAACCCCCACAGGAGAACCACACCAGGGGCCUCGACCAGGGCAGCACGGCCCCUCCGAUGCCCAACGCAUGGGAACCCCCACAGGAGAACCACACCAGGGGCCUCGACCAGGGCAGCACGGCCCCUCCAACGCCCAACGCAUGGGAACCCCCACAGGAGAACCACACCAGGGGCCUCGACCAGGGCAGCACGGCCCCUCCAACGCCCAACGCAUGGGAACCCCCAUAGGAGAACCACACCAGGGGCCUCGACCAGGGCAGCACGGUCACUCCAACGCCCAACGCAUGGGAACCCCCACAGGAGAACCACACCAGGGGCCUCAGGCAGAGCAGUACAACCUGUCUGGACCCCCUGGUAGAGGGGCAGGCCCAGGAGGGAGAGGGGCAGGCAGACCACCAGGUCCACCUGGAGGUCAGCCUCCACCCUACCAAGGUCCCAGAGGACCAAGGUUUGAUGGUCCGAGAGGGAAUGGCCCGCGGUUUGACCAGCAGCAGUCCAGUCAACAGCAGAGGUUCAAUGCUCCACCAGGUCCCUGGUUUGACCAGCAGCACCCGAGGUUCAAUCAGCUUGGCCCCAGAGGACCAGGGCCUCGGUUCGGGCAGCAGGGUCCCCAGUUCGACCAGCCCCCGAGACAGAGCCCCCCAGCCCACUUUGAAAGACCACUUGGUCCCUCAGCACCCCAGAUAGGCCCACAGCCUAAACCAGACACUAAUAAAGACACCAAAUUAUCACAGGGUAAGACUGAGACGCCAGCGGGCUCCAAGCCUCCUGGUAUUAAAUCUACUGGGCCAGCUAAACCAGGAGCAGACGGUACAACUAAGCCAGGUGACUUGGCAGAACCAAAGGAUAUGUCAGAAGACAUGAUGGAGACCCCUGAGGGCUUCUUUGUCCAAAACGACCCCAUCCCUCAGACGAAAGCAGAGGCUGCUGCUGCUGCUAGUAAGGACUCCGCUGCCAACAAGGAAGAGGUGAGCCCCCCUGCUGCUGCCGGUGCCAAGCCCCCCGUGUCCACCACCACUUCUGUAUCCCCGAAAACCGCUUCCCCUGCCAAGACCGCUCUCAAACCAGGUGGACCGGCCGGGCCGUUGAAGAACGUCAAUAACAACAACGGGCCUCGGGGACCACAGCCGCCGAAGACCGACCCAAUGACCGACCAACCCCCUGGUCUUCUGGGGCCCAUGGUGCGUGGUAGAGGGGGGUGUGGCCAGCCGCUAGGGCCUGUCAGAGGACGAGGGGAAGCGGAUGGAGGGAUGCUGGGAGGUAGAGGACGAGGGGAAGCAGGUGGAGGGAUGCUGGGAGGUAGAGGACGAGGGGAAGCAGGUGGAGGGAUGCUGGGAGGUAGAGGACGAGGGGAAGCAGGUGGAGGGAUGCUGGGAGGUAGAGGACGAGGGGAGGCAGGUGGAGGGAUGCUGGGAGGUAGAGGACGAGGGGAAGAGGAUGGAGGGAUGCUGGGAGGUAGAGGACGAGGGGAGGCAGGUGGAGGGAUGCUGGGAGGUAGAGGACGAGGGGAGGCAGGUGGAGGGAUGCUGGGAGGUAGAGGACGAGGGGAGGCAGGUGGAGGGAUGCUGGGAGGUAGAGGACGAGGGGAAGCAGGUGGAGGGAUGCUGGGAGGUAGAGGACGAGGGGAGACAGGUGGAGGGAUGCUGGGAAGUAGAGGACGAGGGGAAGUGGGUGGAGGGAUGCUGGGAGGUGGAGGGAUGCUGGGAGGUAGAGGACGAGGGGAAGCGGGUGGAGGGAUGCUGGGAGGUAGAGGACGAGGGGAAGUGGGUGGAGGGAUGAGGGGGCGAGGUGGUUUGAGGGGACGUGGAGGAAAACAGGCCGGGAUCCCAGACUUCAGUCCCAAUACUAUCCCUCUGGGAGGUGGGAGGACGGAGGACGACAUGGAGGGGGUUCCUUAUGACUACAGACCUCCACGUGAAGAGAUGAGAUCACAACAUGGACGACAGGAGGAAGACUGGCAGGAGUGGCAACAGGACCCUCCACUGGAGAAACCUGGAGGGCCUACCCUGCCUGAAGAGGAGAUGUGGGUCCCUGAAGAGCACCACUACCCUCCAGAGGACUACUACGAAGACCCAGGGAGAGGAGGUCCCCCUAUGGGGAGAGGAGAGCCUCUAGACGGGCAUCACUGGGAGGAAGCAGACCCCCAACCUCCAGAGUACUGGGGAGAGGAAGGAGAUCCAUACUGGAUGGACCAGAGGCCCCCUCCUCAUGGCAUGAGAGGAGGCCACAGAGCCCCCUUCCCUCCUGGGCGUGGUCGCCCCCCACGGGGCAGGCCCGGCUUCAUGCACCAUGGGGGUCCCAGACGCCCUCUUCCUCACGGAGCCAUGGACCCCCAUGACCCUCUAGGGUCCCCCAUGGGGCCUGACGAUGACAUGGACCCUCUGGGACCCCCGCUGCAUCGGGACUACGACCCCCGCAGGCCGCCCAUGCACCACGAUAUGAUGGAGAGAGACAUGAGGGGGCGGCCGCCUCCACCUAGGGAGAUGAUGGGGCCUGGUGGUCAUCCUCCAUACCACGACAUGGAGAGGGACCCUGGCUGGCCCCCAGGCCCUGGACGACCCCCCCACCUCGGCAGAGAUGGGCCAAGAGGUCCCCCUCCGCCUCCCCAUGAGAUGAUGGAGCGGGGAGGGAUGAGGAGGCGUCCGAUGGGCCCUCGGGGCGCCCCAAUGGGCAUGAGCCGGGGCAUGAUGCGGCAACCACCUCACCCACUCGAGGACUUGGAGGGGUACCCCCAUGAGGGGUAUGGGGAGGAGUUUGGUGGUCCCAGUGAUGAUGGGUAUGGAAGACCGCUGCCGCCACGUGACUGGCCGGACCACCCCACACAUGAGUACGACUGUGAGGAGGAGUAUUAUCCCCAUGAGCCGCCUCCUCGUGUUGGGGAGUGGGACAGGGAGAGAGGAGGACCACUAUCAGAGAGGGACUAUUCUCCCUACCCUCCCCGCGGCCCUCCACCUCCCCCAGACCGCUUCCGAGAGGACGAGUGGGCCGAUGAGAGAGACGGAGACCGUCCUCCAUACCCCUACGAGGGAGACGAGCGUGGUAGAGGAGGAGAGCUCCGAAGUCGUGACUACCUGGACGACCCUUCAUACAGGCACAAUGAACCCCCCUACCCGCCCCCUGCAGAGUGGGAGAGACCCAGACCACCCCUUCCAGAGAGAAACUACCCCCCAGACUUUGAGGACCGUAGGCCCCAUUACGAUGGGCGACCCGAGCCCCUUAGAUCAGAUCUAGGUAUCCCUCCACUCCCACCUUCCCAGGCCCCUGCUCCCAGUACUGGACCAGACGGCUCUCAGGAACCAGCCUCACAGGGAACUGGACCGGGCAUACUGGCGCUGUCACAACGACAACAUGAGAUCAUCCUGAAAGCUGCCCAAGAGCUGAAGCUCAUCAGGUCUGUUUCUCUGGUACUGAACAGAGAAAUGCAGGAGGGUAAGACUGAGGGAGAGGCCCUACCCGUCAUGUCUGACCCCAGGACGGAGCUCCCUGCUGGGCUACUGGGAUUGGAGAUCCCCCCUGAGGUCCGCAGUGCCCUCCAGGCGACCAACCUUAUGUCAAGCUCAGUGACAUGGGGAGACCCCAAACUUCCAGAUUCUGGUUACUUGUCCUCUGCUCCUCCAGUCCCCAAACCACCAGUCAUCCCCAAGACUGUCGACUAUGGACAUGGACAUGGACAUGACCUUGGGGAUGCCACGGUGGAGCGGAUCUCUUACGGUGAGAGGAUUGUGUUGCGGCCCGAUCCCUUACCUGACAGAGAGAGGGAGAGGAGCUAUGAAAAAGAACCCCUUGGCCCCCUGAGAGAGAGAGACCCUUACCACAGAGACAUGUACUACGACAGACGACCGGUAGACCCCUACACGGAGCGCAGGGAGUACAGCAGGGAGAGGGAGAUGUACAGAGAAAAACCUCCCAUGGACUUUGAACGAGAACGAUUUGAGAGGGAACGCUUUCCGCCUCGAGAUGACAGACCACCCCCCGGCCAUCCUCCACCUCGUCCUGGCUACAGGGAGAGGGACUUGAGGGAGGGCAGCCGGACCAGUAGAGACGGAGAGGAUCCUUAUGGAAGGCCUGGGGGUUAUGACAGACCUCCGUACGAGCGCGGGCCUGAGCGCUAUGACCAUGGUGCUUCACCAUACGGUGAACGGAGGAGUUACCCAGAGGAGAGAGGAGGAGGAGUAGGCCCCACGUCGUCCCACCCUCCUCCUCCCCCGCCACCAGCUGCUCCUCCUUCCAGGAUCGAGAAGAAACCAGAGACCAAGAACGUGGAGGACCUUCUCAAACUACCAGGCCGAGACACACGUCCAGAAAGGAUUGUCAUCAUAAUGAGAGGGCUACCAGGAAGUGGUAAAAGUCAUGUAGCCAAGCUGAUAAGGGACAAGGAGGUGGAGUGUGGAGGGGCUCCUCCCAGGGUGCUGGGAUUAGACGACUACUUCAUGACGGAGGUGGAGAAGAUGGAGAAGGACCCAGAAACAGGAAAACGAGUCAAACUCAAGUGUCUGGAAUACGAGUACGAAGCCGAAAUGGAAGAGACGUACAGGAACAGUAUGCUAAAAACCUUCAGGAAGACGCUAGACGACGGCUUCUUCCCCUUCAUCAUCAUCGACGCUAUUAAUGACAGGGUUAAAUACUUUGAUCAGUUCUGGAGUGCUGCCAAGACUAAAGGCUUCGAGGUGUACUUGGCUGAAAUCUCGGCAGACUAUCAGACUUGCGCUAAAAGAAAUGCCCACGGGCGGAAGAUUAAGGAUAUUCAAAAGAUGUCCAGUAACUGGGAAUCGUCUCCACGUCACAUGGUGCGCCUGGAUAUCCGCUCUUUGCUUCAGGAUGCUGCUAUUGAGGAGGUUGAGAUGGAAGACUUCAAUCCUGAUGACGAGCCGCUGACGGAGCCCAAGAAGAAGACUGAGGAGGAGGAAGAAGACGUUAAGGGUUACAUUCCACAAAGCAAAUGGGAGAUGGACACUUCUGAUGCGAAACUCGACAAGCUGGACGGCCUGGUGAUGGGGGGAAAGAGGAAGAGGGAGGGAGAUGACAUGGCAGGCAUGGAGGACUUCCUUCAGCUGCCAGACGACUACGCCACGCGCCACUCUGAGCCCGGCAAGAAGAGGGUUCGCUGGGCUGACCUCGAAGAGCAGAAGGACGCCGAACGCAAGCGUGAUAUCGGCUUUGUGGUGGGUCAAACAGACUGGGAGAAAAUCACAGACCAGAGUGGACAGAUAGCUCAGAGAGCUCUCAAUCGCACUAAGUAUUUCUAAUAACAGAAGAUCACUGUCCUCACCCCUGCUUCUUGGUUUAAAGGUCUGCAGACUGAAUAUCCUGAACCCAGACUGCACACACUACCUGCCGACGUUUAGGAAAUACAUAGUUGUUUUAUUCCAUUAUUAGAAUACAGGAUAGCUUUCUCUUGCGUUAAAGACAUUUCUUGAUCUUCAUUUAGAAUAUUUGUAGAUGAUUUCCCUUCGUCCUAUGCGUUCGGUGGUAAGAUCAGUGUGCUUCUCAUUUUAUACUGUACAAGCUGUAAUGUCUACCUGUAAUGUUAGCACUGUUGCUUAUUUUAAGAGAGAAACAGAAGUAACAAUAAAGGUUUCACACCAAAAACAA